AGGCUGAAAGUUAGUUGGCUUUGCCACCUAUAAAAGUAGGUGGCACUUGUUUCCCCAGGCAUUUUCUUGGUCUUCCACUGCUGUCCUAAAAACAGUCAUGAUCCUCCAGGCUGCGGUACUUGGUGUCCUCUUCUGCUCUGUCCACAGUGAUCCUAUACAGGCUUGUUUUAAAAGGAAUGAAACGUACUCUGGCAACACCAUUGAGGAUGAUGAUUUCAGUGUCUCCACGCUGAUAGAGAGGGCCAAUGUUAAUGUUGGAAAGAACCUGGAUGAGCCUCUAGUGAUGUUUGGAGACAUAGCAAUACCAACCGGUCUGCAGAAUGCUGAUCCCUGCACAUCCCGAGGCUGCCUGUGGCCUAAAGCCACCGAUGGCAAUGUCUAUGUACCCUACCGCAUCUCCAAUCAGUUCUCCCGAAGAGAGAGAUGUACCAUCAUCCGAGCUCUGCGGUCAUUUGCCGAGUCCACCUGCAUCCGCUUCACCCCCUUGAAUGGCCAGGAGGACUUUGUCGACAUCCAGUCCCUCUCAGGGUGUUACUCAUUUAUCGGGCGUCGUGGACAGGGCCAGAUAGUAUCUUUGAGUCGCCAAGGCUGUGUUUUCCACCACGUCAUCCAACACGAGCUGCUCCACGCCCUGGGCUUCAACCAUGAACAGACCCGGUCCGACAGGGACGCGCAUGUUCGCAUCCUGCUGCAAAACGUCAUUGCUGGAAUGGAGCACAAUUUCGAGAAGAUCCAAACAAGGAACCUUGGCACUCCCUAUGACUACAACUCUGUCAUGCACUAUGGAAGGUAUUUCUUCUCUAGGAACGGGGAGCCAACCAUCGUGCCCAUUCCUGACAACAAUGUACCCAUUGGCAGGGCCAACCAGAUGAGCCCUAAUGACAUCCUCCGGGUGAACCGCCUUUAUCGUUGCAGAGCCAAAGGGGGCUCAUAAAGCACGACACUUAUAGAGACGUGCCCCCACCCUGAGUCUCAACAUCCGGGUUCCUAGCCGCUCUGGCCACCAUGACCCAGACAAAACCCCUUCAUUCCUACAUCCUCUAUCCCUUCAUCCUUUUCUUCCUGAACCUUCUCUCUAACCAAAUAAACUAUCUAUUGAUAUCAA